UCUGUGUUAUGCAUCAACAACAUGGAUAACGGGACAGGUACGCGAACAUCACAAGAAACGUUACUAUUGCAUUAGUUGCAAUUACACAGCAGAGUGUGCCGAGAAAGACUACCUGCUAUUGCUAAGCAGCUGUUUGUGCAGGUACCGUCGCUACUUCGAUGGCCCACGGGUGAUGCAAAUAACGAUGCGGCACCACUGGCUGCUCGUCGGGGCUUGCGGCUGGGUGUUGCUCAUCCUCGUGUUUGCCAACAAGUUUAUCAAUUUUAACGCCAGAACCACGGAUGACUAUGGGGAGAAGACUGAGAUGCAGAGUUUGACUCAACCAGUAGUUAAGACCAUCAAAUCACUGCCAGCUCCGAAAUCAGACAGAAGAGCUCCCAAGUCAUCGAACCUGUCCUCAGUAGGCCCCUCCAUGGCCAACCCAACAGAAUGGAACACUGUGGAGACGAGGCGGCGGGAGCUGCUGUCAGCCGUGUGUAAGAACGACUCCCUCAAGAACCUCACUCACACCUCAAUCAACAAGUUUGUCUUGGACCGCAUCUUUGUGUGCGACAAGCACAAGAUCCUCUUCUGCCAGACCCCCAAAGUGGGCAACACUCAAUGGAAGAAGGUCCUCAUCGUUCUCAAUGGAGAGUUCUCCACUGUGGAGGAGAUACCAGAGAACCUGGUUCAUGACCAUGAGAAGAACGGACUGCCCCGCCUCUCCUCUCUGACGGAGAAAGAAAUCACUAAAAGGUUAGCCACAUACUUCAAGUUCUUCAUCGUCAGAGACCCGUUCGAGCGCCUCAUCUCCGCCUUCAAGGACAAGUUUGUGAAGAACCCGCGCUUCGAGCCCUGGUACAAGCACGACAUCGCUCCCGCCAUCAUCCGCAAGUACCGUAAGAGUCACCGUGACAACGACGACAACCAGGCGACUACGGGCCUGCGCUUCGAGGACUUCAUCCGUUACCUGGGCGAUGAGCCCGGGCGGCUCCGCAUGGACCGUCAGUUUGGAGAGCAUGUUAUCCACUGGGUAACGUACGCGGAACUCUGCGCCCCCUGUGACAUCACGUACAGCGUCGUGGGGCACCACGAAACUCUAGAACGCGAUGCCCCCUACAUCCUGAAAGCUGCCGGGAUCGAGCGUCUGGUAUCGUACCCCACCAUCCCCCCAGGGAUCACCCGUUACAACCGGACCAAGGUGGAGCGCUACUUCUCAGGCAUCAGCAAGCGGGACGUCAGGCGGCUUUACGGCCGGUACCAAGGAGACUUCAGCCUCUUCGGCUACCCGAGCCCGGACUUCCUGCUAAACUGAAUGACGACGACACUAAAGAAAGACUGUUUUGCAACCAUAAUAUGUCUCUCUAAUCUAAGAUGCAUCUUAGUCAGUGUGUGGUUUACUGAAGAGGUAGGGAGGGUGUAGCUAGCUAGCCGCCUAGCCUGGCUGCUCUAACUAGGAGCCAUAGUAGAGACUAGUGAUCCCCACCAUCCGGGUUCAAGCCAGGGAGGGAUGGAGACUACAGGUUGGUCUGAUAUAACGUGCUGAUCUGCUGUAGGAUGAUCGUCACUCCUCUACCUGGCUGACAGUAAUUCCUGUCUCAACCUAGCAACACUUCCUGCCUCUGCCUAGCAACUGUCACCAUGGGCGAUGACUGUACUACAUGCCUCUACUUCCUGGUAGCCGUCACCAUGGUGGCCAUGAAUGGCAUGAGGACCGAGAUGAUGGAGAGUUACUCACUAUGGUCAUGGUUAAUGGCUGUAUUCGCCAUACGACCAAUGAAUUAAGUGCCACAUUUUAAUGUUAUUUAACAAAGCUUUUUGUAUUAUAAUAACUUUAUUUAAACCAGAGAUUACUGUUACAUACUGUGCUAAACUGUACCACCCUCUGCACUACUUCCACACAAAGCAGGUCUGCAUUAUGGACUAACACUGAAGUGGGUCUGGGAGACAGUAGCCUGGUUAAACCAGACUGAAUGCUGAGCACACCAUUGAAACGUAGCAGAAUCAGUUUGAAUGCGAGGUUAUAGAGAUGGUAGUGAAACACUAACCAGUUAACAAUAUCAGAGU